UCCUCCUCCUUCAUCCUCCCUCUUUCCUCUCAAACCUUUCUUCUUCCUUUCACUGAGCUUCUUCUCCUUCCUCAAAACCCUAAUUUACAUUUCUUAAUUUGUUCGAGUUUCGGCUGGUAGGAUUGAUACUCUCGCACGCAUACAAGGACUGAAUGUCUGCAAUUGUGCGCAUCGCCGGCGUUCUUUGAACUCUCAGUUCUUUCGAUUUCAAUUUUUUAAGAUUUGGGGAAGAAAUCGAGUUCCAGAAUCACUCUCUUUGGUCAAUAAUUAGAAGGCAAAGAUGUUGCUGAAGCCUGACAGGACUGUUGUAACUGAACCACAUCAUAUAUGGCCGUCCCUAAAUGACGAUCAAUGCAUGAAGGUUGAGGCCGCUUUAAGAGAUCUUAUACUUUCUGAUUAUGCCAAGAAGAACAACGUGAACACCUCGGCCUUAACCCAGUCAGAAAUUCGUGAUAUCAUUAUGGGGGCAGAGAUCACUCAUCCGUCUCAACAGAGACAGCAGAUCGCUGAGAUUGAGAAGCAGGUGACUGUCAAUUCCGGUGGAGUUGUCUUCUUUGCUUUGUUCAAAACUGUAAAUGAUGGUUGCAAAUUAAGAGAAAGAGUGUUGUAGUGAUCAAGUUUUCAUCUUAUAAAAUGGCCACACAAUCAGAACGCUUUGGCUAUGAAUUAUCAUAGUGGCUAGGAGUUUGAAUAGCUUAGGUUGGUUUCUGUUACAUUUGAGUAUUUGUCUCUAUAGGUGGCUGUAUGAGAUUGUUUCAUAAUUGUUUCUGUUAAUUAUAGGCAAGAGUCAUUCAUAAAGGAAAGGUCGGAGAAGUAGCUGCUUCAGAGUGGCGUCGCAUAAAGGAGGUUGCUGAAAAGCCCGGAGAAGUAGCUGCUUCAGAGAGAGAUGAAGUUGGCUAAGAGACAUGCUCUGAGCUUCUUGAAACUCUUGAACUAAGCCGAUGCCUUUUGUUGAAGUAUGCCCUCUGUGUGGGUGUGUGUUUAGACAUAGUUUGUAGUGCUGGAAGCAAAACUUUUAUGCACUAAAUUUUCGAUUUGUUUUCCUUCAAAAGUCUGCUUAUGGCAAUUUUACAAGUUUAAAUAACAAGGGUGGAGAGAGAGUUUUCCUGGGCUACUGUAUCUAUUCUAGACUCGGAUGAUUUUGGACUAUAAUAAGACAUAAUCGUCCUAUCAUGCAGGAUAUAGUAUGUAGAGACUAUAACAGGAUUAUGGAAUUAUGUUAGCACCUGCACCUCCUUUAUUAUCUGUAAUGAAAUUUUGAUUUUUCGUUGUGA